UCUCAAUAAGUUAGUAAGUGGUACGAUAAGCUUUCUUCUACUUUAAAAGUUAUAUGUUUUCUAACCAAUUCAGUACAAUCCAGCCUAGUGGAAGACAUAUAACUGCUGUGCCAAAAUUAUGGCAGAGUCGGAAAACUAUGAAAUACUGAAGAACAUCACAUCAUAUCUGCAAGAGAUUAUAGAAUGUCCCGUGUGCCUGCACACAAUCCAAAUUCCAUUUAAGUUAUGCAGCAGAGGUCAUGGGGUUUGCAACAGCUGCUGCGAGAAGCUAAAGGAUUGUCCAACAUGCCAAGGUCCAUUUAUAAUAGAGAAUCCUGUGUGUUUGAAAAAUCUCCUGGAAGCCCUGCCUCGUCAGUGCAAGUACCAUGGAGAUGGCUGUGAACACAUACUAGAGCCCGGGAGUGACCAUGAGGAAUUUUGUGGUUUUCGACCUGCAGAAUGUAGGUGCCCCGAUUGCAACCAUGUGACUACUUUGAUAAAACUGAUGGAUCACUAUAAGAAAGAGCAUCGUGGUUAUCACUACGAAUUCAAAGCAGAUUGUCGAUCAUCUAAUCCUGGUAUUUGUUUUGGUUUUAAUCCUGAGAAUUACUAUAUUGAUCAUCAUUUGAUCUCUGGGUUUGACAAUAUAUUCUGGAUUACCGAAAACUUAAAUCAGAAACAUUUUAAACUUGCCUUUGAAGCAACUCCAAUUGGAAAGUUGAAAAGUGAAUAUUUUGUAAAAGUAGAGAUAAAAAAAGAUAAGUUUUUAUAUGCAUCUACGUUAAAGGCUUCUGUGGUGAAGUGUUCUGAAAGAUGGGGAAACGAUGACUCAGAUGAUGAAGAUAAUUGCAUGAGAAUUCCACAGAGCACCUUACAUAAUGUCAUCAAUGAAAGAACUCUUGAAUGUGAGAUUACGUUUUUUGAACGCCAAAAGUAAAAUCCCCUAUGAAACUUGUUCAAGUUUUGCUGAAAGAUAAGUUUUGUGUAUGAAGUUUGCCAUUUAAAGUUGUACUACCUCAGUUGGGUAGAAUACCAAUCAAGAUAAAACUUGAACAAUCUAUUAAGCUAUGUUUUGUAUUAUAUCAGAUUUUUUAGAUUGUGGUUAAAGUGUUAACUUUGUUAACUCGUGUUAUGCUAUUUUCAUGGAGAAUAUGGUAUAGUACGGUGCAAAAAAAAUAC